GCGCAAGGGAGUCGCAUGGGGCUGAGUCAGAGAGGACGCCACCGUUCGCUGCCCUCGCUUUCUUCAGCUUUCUCAUUCCCCAAGACGAGCGGGGCCACGCUAGUACGCGUCGUUGGAGCACGCGACUCGCCAAAGGCUCUUCGCAUUUGUGGAGAACCAAAAGGUAAUUUCCGUUCACUUACCAAUCGUCGCUUCUCUUCGUUGUGCCGGCCGGUUUGUCAGCUGCUUCGGUCACAGAAUAUGGCAUCUCAGGUGCACGAAUUUCACGUGGAAAUGACCUGCGAGGGUUGUUCUGGCGCCGUGCAGCGGGUUCUUGGAAAGCUAGCAGACCAAGGCGUAAACAAGGUUGACAUCGACUUGAAGGAGCAGCGGGUCCUUGUCGAUUCAACGCUGAGUUCUGAACAGCUGCUUGAAGUUCUAAAGAAAGCGGGCAAGACUUGCUCGUACGUUGGUGUGAAGAAGUAGGCGGCACUACGGUACAUACGGCCGCAGUGGUGUGCUGUCGAGUUGCAGCGAAGCGACGGUCAGGCGUGACCAUGUGUUGACCUGAGCCUUUGCUAGCUGUUUGCGAGUGUUGGUCUUACUCUCUUAUAAUGUAUUAAAACGUGAGGUUUUGAUUGCCUCCCUAGUACCUAAGCUUUUAUGACCUGUUUGCGGUGUAUCGAUUUGUGUUUCGACUAAUUAUUCUGUUUUAUGUGAAUUUCCUCUCGCUUGUAGAUGUUUGAAGAAAUUGCUAUCGCAAUAAAAUAAACGUAUGCCGUCUGUA